GUUUCCCAUUUAACCCGAUAGAUUCUUUGACUUUCGAAUUAAAUGCUCCUCCUUCAUGAAUCUCCUUUUAUAGUUGAAGCGAAGCGGUUCCAUACCUAAGCUUCUCCUACUUAUCUCUUUCCAUUCCUCUUCACCAAAACUUGUUAUUACUUAUUAGUGAAGUGAUUAACCAACGAAACCCUGGCUAAUCAAACAUAAUUAACACAAACGCAAUUCAAUUUCUGUUUGAGUGGUUAGUUAAAACUAACAUGACCAUGGACAAGGCAUCAACAGCACAGAGCAGCUCCGAUUCACCGACACGAGACCCGAAAGUAUUGUCCAUAGAUUGCAUCAAGGGAAGCUCUAAAGCCGACGAGUGGACCGGCGACAUGCUUCAAACCGGCGAUAUCGUCGAGGAGAUCCGAAUCGGAGGAUCCGUGAGUUCCUUGGUCCGGUUCAAGUCACCGUUCAAGAACGGAAAGAGUGGCGUCAAUAAGAUCCUUCAGGACUCGUACAAGAAGAAGGACACCUCCAUAGUGGUUCGGGUCAGGCGAGGACCCGACGAAUUCUCCGAGCUUCAGGCUUGCAUCGUUCCAAGUGACUCUGCUUCUAAGAAGAACUUCGUCCUUCGCUCCAUCGCCGAUCCCAAUUACGUCGUCGGCUUCGUGGAUCGAACCGAAGCUGAAUGCUUCGACCUUCAAGCUUCUAGAUCGACUAGGAUGGUAAAUGCACUUACGAGAACAAAGCUACAGGAUGGGUUUGUUUCCUUUCCAUGGGAAAGGAGGAUGCAAGAAAUGCUAUCAGUCCCAAAUUCCAGCAACUUUCUUUCCAUGUUACUCCUUCCAAAGGCUUCAGAUAGAGUAUCUUCUCGUUACAAUGAUCUCGAUGACACCCUGGCCAGAGCAAAUGCCUGGCUUAAUGCAGCUCAAGCUUCUGGAGUCCCCAUUGUCUUCAUGAACAUUCAAACUGAGUCCCUUCUUACUAAGAUAUCUGGAGAGACAGCUUCUUCCACUGUGAAUGCAGGAUCAUUAUCUGACUUAUCUAACUUAGCAAAUGCAAGCCUCUAUGGCUUUGAGGAUUACCACGGAAUAGACAUCGGCGUUGUUCGUGCCGUUCGCCUCUGGUAUGCUCCAAUUGGAGGAGAGUUCUCUAUUGAGAUAAAACUAAAAGAGGAUGAUUCAAAGCUUGGUUUUGCAAUUAGUCGUACAGAAGAGGGAUUUAUAUUUGUUUCAUCGGUUACUAAUCAAGAAAACGUGCCUGCAACAAGGUCAGUGCUAAGCAAUCUCUAUAAACUAGCAACAGAUACUUGUAGAUUGUUGAUUAUCUCAAGAGUUUCAAAUCAAAAAGUGCUUCCGUGGAUGGUCUCUUCAACCGGUGCCAUUCGAUGUUUCGACACAGUUUCGCUAAGCCAGAAGCUGUCCUUACACCGACACACCAGAGUUCCAAUCCUUCUUCAUGUCUUCCUUUGGGACCGAGCGUUGGCUUCUUCAAGCGGAGGGAGCAAUCGAUUCAGGGUCUUGUCUCCUCCUACACACCAUCCUCUUCCAUUGCCUCCCAAUGAAUCUGAUUCAAGUGAUAUCACCCCUGUUGGUUCGCCCCGCCUCGCCAGAGACACAGCCGGGGAACUUUCUUUUAGAUUUCAUGACUUCUCCUUAUCCAGUAACUGGGUAUGAAUAUGAUUAACGAUGUACUACACACACCCCUUGAAUUUUUGUUUGCUUUUGUAUCCCUUUUAACCUUGCAAGAAGAGUUUCUAACAAGGGCUUUAAUUGUUGUUUGUUAUUGCACAAUGUACAUACACAUAAGAUACAUUGCUUUAGAAUUCAGAGAUUCAAGGAUGUACUAGUUUCUUUUGUUUCAUUUGCUUGUUCUGUUGUUCACGAAAUUUCAAGAAACUGUCAAACAAAACAAUAACAACAAAGUAUUGUCUUAUUAGAUAGGUAUUUUGUCGAUUUUUUUUUCAUAUGUCCAAACUAUCUGAGACGUAAUUUUACCAUCUUUUUUACAACA